UGUCAACUCGCCGCUUUCGCAGGGGGAACAAAAGGUGCUUCCAAGUAAGCACAGAAAUACAAUGUAGUAUUUUCAAUGACUUGCAAUGAAUCUAAAGGACAAGGUCGGGUUUAUUACUGGCGGAGUAUCAGGCAUUGGUUAUGCUACGGCCGAACUUCUGCUGCAACACGGGGCUAAGGUUGCUGUAAUAGACGUAAACUCGGAGGCUGGGAGGACUGCCGUAUCAAAUCUGGCAGUGAAAUAUGGGGAGGCAAACGUCAUAUUUGUAAAAUGUGACGUCACUGAAGAUGGUGAUAUUGAAGAAGCCUUCAAGCAGACUAUUGCCAAAUAUGGACGUUUAGAUGUUAUAAUGAACAACGCUGGUAUCUUAAAUGAAAGUAAUUACAAACUGAUGAUAAGUGUCAAUCUGACAGCAGCCAUAACCGGUACUAUGCUAGGGAUGAAAUACCUUCGCAAAGAUCAAGGUGGCAAUGGUGGCGUUAUACUAAAUAUGUCUUCUAUAUCAGGAUUAAAACCGUCAUUAUGCCUCCCCGCAUACGCUGCGACCAAACAUGGCAUCGUGGGAUACACACGCUCAAUGGCGAACAGUAUGGCGGCCGAUAUAAAUGUCCAUGGCGUUCGUUUUAACUGCGUGUGCCCAGAAUUCACUGACACGCCAAUGGUGCGGAGCCUGGAAUCUGUAGACAGCCUCAACAGAAGGGGGAUUCAUCACGCGCAGGCGCUGUCUAACUACGUCUCAGAAAAUGUGGACGGCAUGAUCAAGGUUUCAUACAUCGCGGACAAUAUCAUCAAGCUUCUAGCAGACGAGACCAAAAAUGGCGCUGCGAUGCUUAUCACCAGCAAAGGCGUGGCGUUCAUCGAUCCCCCAGAACACCCGUAUUUUUCAGACAGAGCUAAUCUCAAACGAUGAACCUGAAUCAAAACAACUGACACACAGAAGGAGGCGAGAAAACGUAUCCACUGAUAAAGUGAAAGCAAUACGUAUACACAGCAGGCUUUGGUCAGUGAUACAAACAGAUUAUUAGGACUAUGUGCAUGAAAUUGAUUCAUGGGUUUGUUAAUAAAAAAAAAAGCCAAACAAAAACCUUAGUUGAAUUUUUGUUUACGUGCAAAGCACUUCACCCACAAAGGUUAUCAAGUUUCUUUUGGGCUAACGUCAUUGGCGCCCUUCACAUAUCCAAAAAAUAUUUUCAACCGCAAACAAAAAGUUCUGUUAUACAGG